AUGGAAAUAAAUACCCCCGAGGCGAAGGAAGGCAAUUCGGAAACGAAGAAUUCCAAGAAGCGAAGUAUCGAUAAAGUCAUUUCUCCAACGAAAAUCGCUAAAACGGAUGUUGGUGCUUCCGACGUUAAUAACGUAGAUGAUCUAGGUAAAUCCAAAGUUGAGUUAGGCGAAAAUGAAAGUUCCGAUAAGGUAGAGGGAGAACCAAGUGAGUGCUUCUCAAAUGAACUCUACGGUGAGGAUGAUGCAAUGGUGGAACAAGGACAGGGGGAGAAGGACAACAUUGGAUUAGAAAGUAACGUUGAAGUGGAUAAUAACCUUCGAGAGGAAACUCCGUGCACAGUGGAAUCCCAAAUGUGCAGAGCCAAAAAGAAGGAGAAAAAAAAAAGUGCCAAAAAUAAGUUCGCUGAGGAGACCAAAAAAACGAUUCAGAAGGAGAGGAAGAAAGUAGAGAAGGGGAAUAGAAAGAAGAAGAAACAUAUGGGUAAGGACAAAAAUGACGAACUAAGAGAGGUUGUCGUGAAACUGGCAGAAGUAGAUGAUGACAACGACGAUGGUAAUCAGGGCGAUGACAAUGAUGAUAGUAGCGACGAAGAUGUUAGUGAUGAUGACAGUGAUGAUAAUGAAGAAGAAGAAGAAUCGAAGGGAGAACUCCUAGACGAUGUGUCAGACGAUGUGUCAGACGAUGAGUCAGACGAAGUGUCAAAUGAAGUGUCAAAUGAAGUGUCAGACCAUGUGUCGGGCGAAGUUUCCAAUGAGGAGGUGAAUGGGCCAGAAGAAGGAGACACGGAUGAAGAGGGAAAAAAUAAGGAGGAGGAAUCGCCCAAAGUGGCAAACAUUGAAGGGGCCAAAGAAGGAGACCAGGAGGAUAACCCAGAUGAUGCAGACGCGAGUGGGGAGGCAAGCCAUGACGACCAUAAAGACAGCGAUAAGAACGAGAACAAUCAGGAGGAUGACAAUUUGGAGGAUGACAAUGUGGAGGAUGACAAUGUGGAGGAUGACAAUAUGGAGGAUGACAAUAUGGAGGAUGAUGACGAAGAAGCAGAUGAGGAAGAAGAAGUGGGCACAAACGAAAAGGAGGACGAAGCGAGCAAGGAGAAGUUUGAUGAGGAGGAUGCAACUCCCCGAAAGGGCAGUGACGAUGAAGAGAAAGGAAGUGCUGAUGGAGAGAAUGCAACAGAUGAAGAGGACCUAGGGGAGAACGAGACGAACAAGAGUAGCUUGAACAAAAAUCAAAAGAGCGACAACGAAAGUGCGGCGAGCGAAAGCAGUGAUAUUAAGAAGAACGACCGCUUGUUUGCGUCCAUGAAUGAUAAUAAUUCGCCUAACAAGCUUUUCAGCGAGCACGUGGGAAAGCUGAGCAUUUUUGGAAACGUAAAUAUCGACAUUGAGAAGUUGAGGCAGAGACUGAACAAAAAUAAGAGCGUCAUGGAGGAAAAGAAGGAAGUGAAGAUUUCGGAAACAGAGGAUCCCUUUGAGAAUGAAGAAGUAGUCUACUCCGAAAGCAGCAUUAAGAUAAGCAAGUUCAUAAAGAAGAAUGAAAAAUAUGACUGGUCAGGAUAUUUGCCUGUGAAAAUUCAGAUCAUGAAAAAUGUAGAAAAUAAAAAAUACCGAAUUCUUUGUUUUCAAAAAGGGAGCGGAAGACUCUUUUUAAAUACAGACAUAUUUGAGGGGUUCAAAAUAAUUCCAUCCAAGAGUACCUCUGCUUUGUUUAGUGGACGAGACAUAUGCGACGAGAAGAAACUGAACCAGUACAUUGUAACCUUCAUGAGCAGCACCUCUAGGGAUGAAUUUGUCAAGCAUAUAAAAAACAUCACGGACGGAUGA